AUGGGUUUCUGUGUGCUUCUGGAUUCGAUUCUUGUUGUUGUGGAUUCAGUUCUGAAGCGCCUGUGGUUUUUAUACGUAGGAGGUCGAGUGAUGAAGAUUGACGAAUACGGCGCUUUGACAGUUAUAAGUGAGAAGACGACCCAAUUGACCGCCAAAUUGCAGUCUUGGAGGAAUAAAAAAUUAGGUGAAGCAGUGGAUAGAACUCUUCUUAACCAAUAUCUUUUGAAGAUGUUUACUGCUCUAGGAAUUUACUCAGAAAGCUUUGAGAAGCCAUUCCUUGAGUGCACAUCUGAGUUUUAUGCUGCUGAAGGGAUGAAAUACAUGCAGCAAUCAGAUGUUACAGAUUAUCUGAAGCAUGUAGAGACAAGGUUGCACGAAGAGCAUGAAAGAUGUUUGCUCUACCUUGACGCAAGUACAAGAAAGCCACUAAUAGCAACUGCAGAAAAGAAACUCCUUGAACACCAUAUAUAUGCCAUUCUUGAUAAGGGGUUCAUGAUGCUAAUGGAUGGGAACCGUAUUGAGGACCUUCAGAGGAUGCAUUCACUGUUUUUGAGGGUGAAUGCUCUUGAAUCACUAAGGCAAGCUCUUAGCGCAUACAUUCGCAAAACUGGGCAAGGCAUUGUCAUGGAUGAAGAAAAAGACAAAGAUAUGGUCUCGUCCCUUUUAGAAUUUAAGGCUUCGCUUGACACAAUAUGGGAAGAAAGCUUUUCAAAGAAUGAUGCAUUUUGCAACACCAUUAAGGAUGCAUUUGAGCAUCUCAUCAAACACCGAUAAUAUUUUCGAGAAAAU